AUGUUGUGUUCUCGCUUGUCUGAAGUUCUUCCAUUCUUGAUCCACAGUAAUGAAGGGGCUUUCAUCAAAAAUCGUCUCCUGGCUCAUAAUAUACUUAUAUUUCAGGACUUGCUCAAGGGUUAUACGAGGAAAAACAUCUCAGCUAGAUGUAUCAUGAAGAUCGAUCUUAGUAAAGCUUACGGUACAGUUGAUUGGCAGUUUGUGGCUGACUUGCUCAAGGGUCUUUGUUUCCCUUCGAGGUUCACACAUUGGGUGUUGGUCUGUUUAAAGGGAACCUCUUAUUCAUUGAUGCUCAAUGGUCGGCUUCAUGGCACCUUUAGAGGGGAAAAUGGUCUUAGACAAGGAGAUCCGGUUUCUCCUCUUUUGUUUGUUUUGAUUAUGGAGUAUCUGACUCAGCUUUUACUUCAGACUUCAAAACAAAAAGGUUUUGGUUUCCAUCCCUUAUGUAAGCAUGUUAAUCUUGUCAAUCUCUGUUUUGCAGACGAUUUAGUUAUUUUUUGCAAGGGAAAUGUGAAAUCUAUGAGUCUCAUACAGGCUGCUAUCGAUAGUUUUUGUGCCACAACUGGCCUCUCAAUCAACAACUCUAAGUCUCAUAUAUACUUUGGAGGCUUGAAAGAUGAUUGUAAAUCUCAGCUAGUGGAGAUUACUCAAAUGGAAGAAGGCUCUUUUCCGCUUAAGUAUCUUGGAUUUCACCUUAGACCAACGAAGUGGAGAGCUGCAGACUGUAGGGAAAUCAUUGAAAAAAUUCAGCGGAACCUCCAUUCCUGGACUAGCAUAAAUCUUUCUUUUGCAGGCCGAGCUCAACUCAUUCAUUCAGUCCUCCUUGGAAUUAGGAAUUUAUGGAUGAACAUCUUCAUUCUUCCUCAGAAAGUUGUUGCUGUCAUAGAUAAAAGUUGCAGAGAUUUUCUUUGGGGAUUGAAAGGGAACCGAAGCAAACCUCACCUCACUUCUUGGGAGCAAGUCUGUCUUCCCAAAAAGUAUGGAGGAGCUGGCUUCUUUGAGGGCAGGAAGUGGAAUAUUGCGUUGAUGGCCAAGUAUAUUUGGGCUAUAUCGAGCAAAAAGGAUUGCUUAUGGGUUAAAUGGAUAAACUCGAUCUACCUUAAAGGCCAAAGUUUCUGGUAUGUUCCCUUAAUUAGUGACACUAGCUGGUACUUUCGGAAAUUAUUGAAGCUGAGGAAUGUUAUAGAUUCUGCUGCUGUUAGCUCUUCGGGAUUAAGAGGGAAAUUCAAAGUGAAAACUUUUUAUCUUUCUCUUAUCACAGCUAGCGAGGAUCAAUAUGCAUCUGCUAUAUGGCAUCGCUUAUUUGUCCCGAAACACAGAUUUAUUUCCUGGCAAGCAAUCAAUGAACACCUCCUUACUCGAGAUAAACUGGGGAAAUUUUUGGAUCUGGCCUCCUAUCUAUGCCCGGUCUGUGAUAGUGUUACUGAGUCCCACCAGCACCUUUUUUUUUACUGCACCUUCACUUAG